GGCCUUGACUACCUUCACCGCCUAGGGGUUGUCCACCAUGACGUUAAACCCUCUAACAUUCUGGUCAACGAGUACGGCCAUUGCGUACUUGCAGAUUUCGGCGGCGCCCAGUUCCUUGACGCGUCGGGCUGCAUCCCCUACUCCCAACUCCGCAUGGCUGUCGUGACUCCUGCCUUCGCCGCGCCGGAGGUGCUCUUCGAUGAUGCGUCCAAAUACCCAACGUAUGACGAGGCCGUGGACUACUGGUCGCUUGGCGCGACGUUGGUUUCGUUGCUCAUGGAAGACGUGAGUCAUCAGUUCAUAUCUAACGCUACGCAGACGUGA